GGCCCGGGCGCUGCGGAGCUGCUGCCCCGCUGCGCUGCGGGAAACGGCCCCGGGGCCGCGGGGUUCCGCUGUUUCGGGAUUAUUAUGGUGCUGAAGGACUUUCCAGCAGGAAUUAGCCAGACCGACGCUGCUCAGUGUUUUUGGAAAGAAUCCUGGGUUUGCGCCUGACGGCGGGGCAAGAGCUGCAGCGCAGGGAUGCUCUUCGCCUCUGGGGCAGCGGCGGUGGAAGUGCAGAGAGCCGGGCACCUUACGGGGUUCAUGCCGGUCUGAAAACACCUUUGGGCUUGUAGCUGUCUUGAUCUGCUUUGUGUGGAAUAUGCUUGAGCUUUCGUUGCAGCCAGGACUCUGCAAUUAUUGAUGCUACAGCUGUGAAUCUUCAGAGCUAGGUGGGAUUUAUUGCCUGGUUUGAGGCAGCAAUGAAGGCAGGUUUGGAUAGUGGCUCUUCACCUUAAGCUGCUGUACCACCGAUGUGCUUUCCUGUAUGCUGCUUUUAUUUCUGCUUACAAAAUGCCAGAUGCCCAUGCAGUUUUAAGCCUUGUUCUUUGAGGAAAAUAAACCAUUCAAGAGGGAGUCAGCAAAAAUAUCCUAUAGGUUUCUGUUUUGAAAAUUGUUUGACUUGCUUGAUUUCCAUAUAAUUUAUCUACAAGAGCUAAUUUAUGCAAGAAUAUCCAGUUACAGACCUGCCAAGGCUAUGAGAGAACGCAGCCAGCAGAGCCUCGGUGGACACGUCCUGUAUGUAGGGUUAUUCAGACAUCCAGGAAUGCUGCACAGGGCUAAGUACAGCCGAUUCAGGAAUGAUUCCAUUACCUCCCUAGAUGAAGGUACACAAAAUACGUCUUUAAAUAUCAAAGGUUCUUCCUCCUCUUCCCACUCUUCAACACCCAAUUUACUGGCAGAAGAUGUGUCCCUGGGGCCGCAGGACACCUGCACCACGCUGUGCACGCUGAUCCCCCGGAUGGCCAACAUCAAACUUGCCAAUCCCUCCAAUCUGCCGGGCCUGAAAAGCUUCUGCCUGGGAACCAAAGAGGUGCCACGCAUUAAACUCACCGAGUGCGUUACCAUCCCCAGCAGCCCCACCUCGCCUGAGAUCAGCUGCCUGUCGGCCUCCUACCCCCAGCCCGACCUGGACAAGCUGGUCCUGGCCCCAAAGGCAGCGGGUGACUGUGCUGAGGAGGCUGCUGUGGGCAGGCAGGACAGGGGCCUGGCCCAGAGCAAUGACAGCACGUACAGCCAGGAGCCAGGAACCACCUACAGCGUGCGGUACAUGGGCUGUAUUGAGGUGCUGCAGUCGAUGAGAUCCCUGGACUUUGGCACACGAACACAAGUCACCAGGGAAGCAAUAAGCCGACUGUGCGAAGCUGUGGCGGGUACAAAUGGAGCUAUAAAAAAGCGGAAGCCUCCAGUGAAGUUUCUGUCUUCUGUACUUGGCAAAAGUAACCUUCAGUUUUCUGGCAUGAAUAUAAAGCUGACCAUUUCAACAAGCAGCCUCACUUUGAUUAAUGCUGACACACAGCAGAUUAUUGCCAACCAUCACAUGCAGUCCAUCUCAUUUGCUUCUGGAGGUGACCCAGAUACAACAGACUACGUGGCAUAUGUAGCAAAAGACCCUGUUAAUCAGAGAGCAUGCCACAUCCUGGAAUGUCCCAAUGGGAUGGCACAGGAGGUGAUCAACACCAUAGGGCAGGCCUUUGAGCUCCGGUUCAGACAGUACCUGAAGAACCCAUCUAGCCUGGUUACAUCUAAUGAAAGUGAGGCAGCAAAUGCUAAUGGAUCAGCUGGGAAUUCACAGGAGAGGGAGGACCAUCAUGAAUAUUACAACGAAAUUCCAGGGAAGGAGCCUCCCGCUGGCGGAGUGUUGGACAUGCGAAUGAAAGUGCAGACAGACCCAAGGGCUAAGUGUCCUGUCCAGUGCAAAAAGCAGUAUUGCUCAACAGGCAGCCCAACCUUCAUCAAUAUAUAUGAAAAUUGUCCAGAAGAAAACAAAACUGUGGGUAAUUGCGAUGAGAGAUCACAGAAGACAAUAAAAGAGACAAUCUCAUUGAAACCUGCCUACAAAGCAGAUCUCUUUGAUGAUCCAUGUUACAUCAACACGCAGUCCCUGCACUCUGCAGCCUGUGCAGCCCGAGGUGCAGCAGCAGCACAGAGCCCUGGGAGCCCUCUGCGCCAGGCCAAGUUACCGGAACCUGUUCAGCAGAGUGCCACAAGCAACACAGCUGCUCUCUGUGCUCUGCCACAAAUAAAGCAACAGCUAAAGAAUGAAGAUUGUUACCAUGGCAAAUUGAACAGGAAAGCAGCAGAGAGCCUCUUAGUCAACGACGGGGAUUUUCUGGUACGAGAAAGCACAACGUCACCUGGUCAGUAUGUCCUCAGUGGACUUCAGGGAGGGCAGGCAAAGCAUCUACUCUUGGUGGAUCCUGAGGGCAAGGUGAGAACCAAAGAUCAUAUAUUUGAUAGUGUGGGUCAUCUUAUUCAGUAUCACAUGGAAAAUAAUUUGCCAAUCAUCUCUUCUGGAAGUGAAGUGAGCUUGAAGCAGCCUGUAAGGAAAGAGAGUAAUAUGGGACACAUGCAGUAUCACAAAUAAUCCCUUGGAUCUCACAAAUCUCAAGACAAUUCAUACCUGAACUUUCUAUUAUGAAGACAAGUCAAAAUAGUAUAGACUGCACUUUCUGCUGCUGUUCCAGAAGAAGCCCUUAUGUGUGUGUAUGUAUGAAUAUAUGUAUAUGUGUAUAUCUAUGUAGAUCUAUAGAGAUCAACAAGCAUAGUUAUAUAGAUACACAUAAUCUUAAUCUUAACAAAAUUACACCUUCAGAGUGUGAGAUUCAUUUGUGAGACGGUAUUUUAGACAUGCACAAAGGUCACUUUCAAGGUCAUACUGAAUCAGUAACUAUUUAAAAGCACAAUUAAAACUCUACAUACAAAAGCUCACUUGAAAGAACUGCUGGAACAUUAGUAUGUGCCUUUUAGCAUAGAAUUAUUGAAACCAAUGUUAUUUAUACUGAAUUAGUUUUGGGUGGUUAAACAAACAUGUCUAUGCUUUUAACUAUUUGCCAAAAACAAGUACAAUUUGAAUAUUACUAAAAUGUCAUCUUCUUUCGAUAGACACUAACAAUUUCAUUUUGCUUGUAACAGCACUUUACUAGCAAGUAACAUUUGAAAUGAAUGGCAUUCACAAUACAGAAAGGUUGUCCAGUUUCUUAAUAAUUUUUUGUCACUGUCUGACUACUCAAAGAUUUGAGAUUAUGAACAUUUACAAAGUUGAAAUUAAUAUAUGUAAUAUAAUUUUGGAAUAGAACUUGUUAAGGGACAAGCAUGCUAGAUCUUAAUAUUUUUGUCUUGCAUAUGAUUUUACUAUUAUUAUCACUUAAUACUGGAAACAUCUUUUUAAAGGUAGGCUAAAUAUAUUUUCAUUGAUUACAUAGUUGUUUACAAACUAGAAAAGCUGAACAAAACUAAUGAUACAUUUUGGGAGAAAACUAUUUAAAGGAUGUUUGAACUUUGCAUGUGUCCUUAGUCAGUGUUCUUUCCAAAACAAGAUAGUUUUCCCCUCUUCACAUAGAGUCCAUUUGUUCCUAAACAUGGAAAAAUCUUUUAAAAGAAAUCUAUUAAUUGUUUUGCCACAAUAAAUACUCUAAACAUGAACAAUCCUAUAUUCAGAGUGAACAGUGAUUUAUUUGGCUUGCUGUUGAAGAAACAGGGAUUUAAUAAGUGACUGAAGAAAGGCAGGGGAGAUUUGGGGAAUGAACUGGUAGUCCAGGUGAUGGCCUGAGGGAAAUGGUGCAUUUGAGACAAGCAAUAUUCUCUGGCAUGAACAGACAUAAUUCUCUCUGUCUCCCAGCCCACUGGCUCAGUUCCUAAGGCAGACAAUUGUUGUGGAGUUCAGCAGUUGCUGGAAAUCUUGACCAUAAAAAAUACAUUGUUUGUUUGCCAGUGUUCAUGGUAAAGGGAACGCUGUAGUAUGAGCUCCUUCCUCUAGAAAGCAAGAGGAGAGGUCUUAGAAAAUUAUGGAAGAUAAGCUUCUGUGGAGGGAAAAAUGUAAUGUAAAGAGCCACACUUAGAGUCUACUAGAAAACAUCUUUAUUUUUAUCCUCAGCUAAUAGCCUAAAAAUACGUUUCAUUCUUUGAUAAUAAUAUUAUUAAACUACUCAAUUACAUAUACUGAAGCAGUGGGAAGGUUUAAACAUUAGGAGUUCAUUUCCUUGCUAAUAGUCUGGCAUUUUCAAUACCCUGAGCCUUCAGGGCUAGCAGCCCAAACUUGGCCAAACUUGCACUCUCCUGUGCAAGGUGCUCACCUGUGAAGGCCUCCAGCAAGAGUUCAUUCUGGAGCUUUGUACCACAGCAAGAAACUGUAACUGGGAUACCAACCCCCUGCAUAAUAUCCUUUCUAUUCUCACAUCUUGUCAAACAUCAGAAUGUGCUUGAUAUGACUAUGGAGCAAGCAAUGAAGCAAACCCAGAUACUUCUGUGGCAUGUCAAGUGGAGAGAAAGACCUGUUCUGAUUUUUGUAUCAAAGCUGAGUUUUAUGACAGGUCAUAGAAGGAAAAUGUGCAGAACUCCACCUCUGUUUUUGGAACAAAUCAAAGUUACUCAGGACUUAAUUAAUAGCAUUUGGAGCUGUGAUAGUAUGAGAUCAAAGUUUCUUGACUUUGCUAGUCAAGAUGCUGACUCAGGGACUUUUUUCUCUUUAUCAGUUUUCACUUAACCAGUGAAUAAGGACAGCCAGAGCCAGUGUGUGAUGUACAUCACAGUGUAAUGUCUCUCUCUCUUUGAAUAUCACCAAUGUAAAACAUUUAAAAGACCUGGAUCUUUGUUCUGAUGCUCCUGCAUAUUUUUUAUGUGUCUGAAGCAGAACUGUGAAGUAAAAAGGAAGGAAAGGAAGAUAAGUGGGUGCUAGAGCAAUAAAGAAGUAUAUAAAAAUCUUUUGAUGUGGGAGAAAGCAGAUAAUCCAACUAAUUACAGAUUAAAACCAAACACAACACAUCCAUGCAUUUUUGUAGAAUAAACCACAUUCAUUCUCAGUUUUUGGUUGCUAGCAUUUCCAUGCCUUCGUUUAAGCUUUUAAUUGUCAGACACAUUUAAACCCUUUUUGUUCUUGUUUGAAUCAUUUAAUGCCUGUAAAAAUUAUGAGAAUUGGUUAAUCUCUGUUUGAAUGGUUACUAGAAUCCUCUUGGAAAAAUGGCUGAUUUCGCCUAUAAUGUCACGUUUACUCGACACAGCCUGUUCGUUCCUUUUCAAACUAAUAUAAAUUUCACUGAAACACACGAAGUGUUUGCUCCCAUUAAUAAAAAUCCUCCAACAAAUGAC